AUGGCAAACGCGCAUCAUGGCGGUCUGCACCCUGCGGGACCGUUUGACCCGCGAGAGGACCUGCUGAGUGCGCUCGACAGCAUCCAGACGCCGGGUUCCUUCGCAACCAUUGGACGCCUGCUAGACGCGCCUCCCGCGGGUCUCUUCGUCGAUGGCGUCGGCGAGGUGUCCAUGCCGCUCAGCGGAGCUCAGGCGACCCAAUUGAUCGAGAAAUGCCGCCGCGCGCCCUUUGGCAGGAAGGAGGAGACGCUCGUCGACCUGAGCGUGCGCAAGUGUUGGGAGAUGGACCACUCCCAGUUCAGCUUUCGUGAUCCCGCCUGGCCCAGCUAUCUGACGACGAUAUGCGCGAACGUGGCUCAUGACUUGGGCAUUGACGCCGUCGUCAAUGCUGAGAUUUACAAGAUGCUCAUUUACGGGCAGGGAGCCAUGUUCAAGGCCCAUACCGACACCGAGAAAUGCCCCGGCAUGUUUGGCACCCUCGUGGUGUGUCUGCCGUCGGCACAUCAGGGCGGUGAUGUUGUCGUGAAGCAUUGCGGGCAGGCAAAGGUCUUCUCGUCAUCGGCGAUGGCGCAGUCGUAUAUGGCAUGGUAUUCCGACGUCUCUCACGAAGUCCUCCCCGUCAUAUGUGGAUACCGAUGGGUCUUGACCUUUAACCUCACUCUCGACACGUCGAUCGAGCGCCCCCUGGCGGGUGGACAGCAGACCCAGUUGCGGGCUGUUCGACAGACGCUCUCGAGGUGGCUCAGCGUGGCCCCAGAGAACAGAGAGAACAAGUGCCUCUCGCAUGUUCUCGACCACGACUACACCGAGGCCAACAUGUCGAUAGGGGCGCUCAAGACAAGAGAUUUGGCCCGGGUCCAGGCGCUCCGCGACCUGUCCAUCGAGCUCGGUUACGAGCUCUUUCUCGGUCUUUUGACAAAGGAAGAGAACGGCACCGUAGAGCACGACUACUACGGGUACCGGCACGGGUACGGGUACGAGGAGGAAGAUGAGGACGAGGAGGACGAGGACGAGGAAGGCGUCCACCCGAUGGACGACGUUACUGACUCAAGCCACAGCGUUGAAACAUUGUUUGACUUAGAGGGGACUGUGGUUGCCAAGGAGCUCGACCUCGCCGAGGAUGACCUCCUGACAGAUACCUACUUUGAGGACCGCGAGGGAGAAGAGGAUCGAGGCUAUACCGGCAAUGAGGGAGGCACGGCGACUCAUUGGUACCGGGUGGCGGCCGUGAUCAUCGUCCCUCACGAUGAGCUUAACGCGUUCUUUUCCAAAUCCCAGGAUGCAGGAUUGAACGUCCAGUCUCUGAUUCGGUACUACUCUCGGCUGUGCUUGCAGCGGCCGUCGGUAGGAGCCUUCCUGGCCUCGCUCUGGCGCCUGUGUCGGACGGUAUGGGAGCAGCCGGUCGAGACGGAUAGACCGUCUUGGCAGCCAACGUUGGCCAUUAACGGGGAAGGGCUCUACAGCGUUGUUGAGGUCGCACUCGAGAGGGAGGAGAUUUCUAUGUUUGAGCGGGCUGCCACUAACCACCAGGGCGUGAUGCUGCAGCACACAUUUGCGAUGGUGAGGCAAUGGGUGCAGCGGGGUGAUGACGCCGAGAAACGUUUCAGAACCAUCAAGAAUGGGUUGAGUCUCGCCGUUUCGCGAUACAAGACCUUUUCUGGGAAAUUUCGGGCCAUCAACAGCUUCGUCACGAUGUCAAGUGAUGCGGCCUGCCCUGACACGACACCCGCUUGCAUCUCGGAGUGGGCUCGGCUGUUGAUUCGCAAAUGCCUCGACAUCUGCCGUUCUGAACAGGUUCUGGGGCCGUUGACCGGAUCAGACAUGGUGGACUGCGUGCAGUACUUCGAGAACCCGACCCAGUUUUUCUCGUUGUAUGUAAUGCCGAAACUCGACAGGAGAAUCAACCAGGCCGCCUUCUACCUCGCCCUGAUGGCCCGCCUCCGGCAGUGUGGCGCGGAUGGCUCGUUACCCUUAGAGUGGGCAAAGUUUGUUCAUCGACUUGUUGCCGAAUGCUUCCUCUUGUCGACGUCUUUCGCAUGCAUGAGGGGAGUGGAAUCGCCUCAAGUAGUCUCAGCAAAGCGACCACGUCUCGGUUCAGACGCAAAAGGUUCGAUAGCGAUGGCUGUGAGCACCCUUGCCUUGGCCGACUUCUUCUCAGCCAUCGAUGAACCAUCUGAGCCAAACUAUGUCGUCACGCUGUUUGUGGAGAACAUCGUUGAGACCGCUCCGAGAAUUCGGGGAGACGAAUUCGAAAAACUAUGGAUUCCGUUCCUGCACUGGCUGGCUCAAGUCAUGGCGUCCAGGAAGACCCCCUUUGAUACCCCGCGCUACCAGCGUCUCUUCGUUGCCAUCCUCAGCGCCUACCUCUUCAACUAUGUCGAGCGAGAGCCGCCGAACGAUACGAGCUUGGUGAGGCGGGGCGUGAGCUGCAACUGCCACAUCUGCUCGCGCCUCAACGCCUUUCUCGCCGAUGGCGCCGAGAGAGUUGCUCGGUACCCUUUGAACAAGCAGAGUCGUUUCCACGUGCACCAGGGGCUUGACAAGUUAGGCGCUGAUUGCACACACGAGACUGAGCGGUACGGUCGGCCCUAUACUUUGGUCAUCACGAAAACGCACGCACACAACAAGGCCAAGCGUGAUGCGUGGACCGCCCGUUGGAAGAACGCCCGAGACGAGCUGGAGGUGUUUAACCAGGUGCAUCUCAGGCUGCUCCUCGGGGAGAGGUAUUCCAUGGUUCAAAUGAGGCACCUGCGACGGUCGCAGCCGGCUGCUUCCGCGGCAGCCCCGAUUCCUGCCGCAGUGCAGGCUCCGGCCCCGGCUCGUGUACCUUCUGAGCCCAUUAUUCUCGCGCCUUUGCAGUCGACAAACCGAUCGCGGGUCUCUGGACAGCUGCCUGGCCUUGCGUCUGCCCUGGCUGGGGGCCAUUCGGUGUCUGGGGUCAAGCGCGCGGCGCCCGGGACUCUGGACGUCGAGGACAUUGAGGUAAUUGACCUGACGGGUGACUAG